AUGCACUCUCCCUCUAUCAACUCUCAGAUCUUUCGUUGUACAAUAUCUAUUCCCCGGAAGGCUUUCCCGCAACCUGAUUUUUUUUUCUCCCUGAAACGAAUUCAUACCCAGCGCUUUAAGCCCUUUUUCCCUCCUCCAAGCACUCUCUCCAAACCUGGCAUCGUGAGAACAUACCCUGGCACCCGAAAAUGGUUGCGCCGGCUCUUCUAUGUCUCCCUCGGUGGGGGCGUUGUCUACGGGAUUGACAGAUGGUUCUAUGCCUCUUCCUUAACUCGCACGACCUGUACCUUUGCGCUUGGCAUGCUUGUUGCCCUCGACUACAAAAUCAACUUUCGCCCCAACCCGCCUUUCGCUGAGUCCAUAGCUGCCGUACAUGCCAGAAACGCCGAUCGAUUAUCCUCCUUGCUCCGCGCCAACGGUGGCCUGUAUUUGAAAAUUGGGCAGGCCAUUGCUAUGCAAUCUGCCAUCCUACCGCCCGAGUUCCAGAGAAUGUUUGCUCGCAUGUUCGAUGACGCCCCACAAAAUGACUGGAAAGACGUCGCUCGCGUGAUAGAGGAGGACUUUGGCCGCCCUGUCGACGAGGUCUUCGGCAUAUCCUUUGAUGGAAAUUCAGAAAGUGGCAGUGGCGUAAUGGAGCGAAAUGCAAGGGCGAGUGCGAGCGUCGCUCAGGUGCACUGGGCAAGGCUGCCAGACGGAAGAGAGGUUGCUAUAAAAGUCCAAAAGAAAGAAAUUGCUCAGCAGGUGAAGUGGGAUUUAUGGGCUUUCAAGUACGUUUUGUCCCCUUUCUUUCCUCUUCUCUUACCUCACGCAUUCCAUUCACACUAUCUGGGUGACGGGGAUGACCUGGAUUGCCUCCUUUGCCAUCCGUUCGAAUUUCUUUUUUUCUCUUCUUCAGAACCGUUACCCCCUGCUAACUGCCUCAUUCCAUUCGUUAGCGAACGUUUGUACUUGGAAACAGAUUUUGAAAACGAAGCCAAUAAUUCCGAGAGAAUGGCAAAGCUAGUCGCCGCUGAACCACGCCUCCGCCGCCGGGUGUAUAUACCCAAAGUUUACCGUGAACUGAGCUCCAAACGGGUGAUGACUGCCGAAUGGAUUGAGGGUGUCAAGCUAUGGGACAAACAUGGAAUCACACGUCCGUGGCGAGGCGGAUGGCGGCAAGGCAGCCCGGGAUGCCAUGGAACCCCUCUUGACCCUCCCUCCGGAGAAGGCUACUCAGCACCUUUUCACGCCGCUGCUUCUCGUGACAGGUACGAGAAACAGCACGAAAAUCUUAAGCCAAUCCGCGACCAUUGGAAGGGAAGAAAUGGGCAUGGGGGCCUCGGACUUUCGCUGAAAGAGGUCAUGACGACUAUGGUUGAUCUCUUUUCCGCUCAGAUCUUCCUUUGGGGUUGGCUACACUGUGACCCUCACCCUGGCAAUGUCCUAGUGCGCCGUCGCCCGUCCGGACAAGCUGAACUUGUCCUGAUUGAUCAUGGCCUCUAUAUUCAUAUGGAGCCCAAAUUCCGACACGAAUAUGCCCAGUUUUGGAAGGCUCUCCUCACUUUCGACAAUUCAACCUUACAUAAAAUAGUACGAGGUUGGGGCGUUACCAACACCGACAUUUUUGCCUCUGCAACGUUGAUGCGACCAUAUCGUGGUGGCGAUCUUUCUACCUUUAAAGGUAUAGAGGGGCUUAGCAAAAAGGAAAAAGCCCAUAGACAUUUUGAAAUGCAGCAAGCCAUGCGAAAAGCAGCACGAGGUGUCCUUGGUGACGAAACCAAGUGGCCUCGAGAGCUAAUUUUUAUUUCCCGCAAUUUCCGCAUUGUUCAAGCAAACAAUCAAUAUCUGGGCUCUCCUGUUAACCGCAUCAAGAUUACCGGCAUCUGGGCUUCCCGCGCACUGGUAGAAAUCCCGGACCUGUCAUUAACCGAAAAGAUACGCAACUAUGGCCGUCAUGUCGUCUUCAAGCUCGUGCUCUUGAGCUCCGAUAUUUGGUUUUACGUGAGCAAGUUGAGGCAAUUUCUAGGCCGCGGAGGGGGCAUGGAAGACGAUAUAGAGGCACAAAUGCAAAAGAUGGCAAAGGAGAUGGGUGUAGAAUUGAAUCAAAACAUUUUUGAAGGCUAG